GUUUAUAUAUAUAUACAUAUAUAUACUUAAAACCAUGCAUAUCGAGGAAUCUGUCUCACAAUCCCAUCUAUCUGGACCCACCCCCGCCAUUUGACGUAAUCCCGAGCCUCCACUAACAUCAACACCAACCUUACCUUACUCCUCCAACAUACCCAUACCAAACUGCAACAAUGUCACGCAAAGGCGUAGGCCUUGCGGCCUUUGACCGCUCACGUCUCACAUCAGCACAAUUCGCAUCUCAUGGCUCCUCACUGCGCGCCAACAACGCCCAAGCCCUCGAAACUCAGCUCGCCGUGUUCCGCUCCCUCCUCCAGCAGUUCGCAAACACACACGCUCGCGAUAUCCGCUCCGAUCCCGCUUUUCGCGCCCAAUUUGCUCGCAUGUGCGCUGCCAUCGGCGUAGAUCCACUAGCGAGCAGCAAUAGCAACAGUAGCUCGGACGGAAGCUCCAUAUGGGCCCAGUUACUCGGAAAGACGGUCAACGAUUUCUACUUUGAGCUCGCCGUCAGGAUUGUUGAGGUUUGCGGCGCCACUCGUGGGGAGAACGGAGGGCUUAUUGGUCUGGCGGAACUGAGAGAGCGGGUUGCCGCAGGACGUAUGGAUGGCGCUGAUCCCAUUGCUGACGAUGAUAUCCGGCGCGCUGUACAGACGCUUGCUCCGCUAGGCGGUGCGUAUGCUGUCGUGCGUGUAGGUCGAAAGGAGUAUGUGCGGAGUGUACCCCGCGAACUCAACGAUGACCAAGUCUCGGUCGUUGAGGCGGCCCAAGUCCUAGGUUAUGUGAGUGUCAGUAUGCUAAGGGAUAACCUGGGCUGGGAUAGGGCGCGCGCCCGAACCGUGAUAGACGAUCUCGUUGCAGGCGGCAUGCUGUGGGUUGAUAAGCAGACAAAGGGCGAGUGGGAGUAUUGGAGCCCUGGAUUUAUGGCCGAGACUGCUGCUCCGGACCAAGGCGACUGAAGCACCCUAAAACACUGACUUCUCCCUUCUACGGAGUGUCUCGAAACGCGGCAGGCUACACGACUAUUGUGGCAAAGCAGAAGCCCCGACCGCAAUCUCAUAAGACAAAGCAAGAGUACUGGAAACUCAUGAGGCGCCUGUCUUGCUUUGGCCCCUCAUGUAGUCAGGCUACCAGACUUGUCCAACGAGCCUCCAUCACUCACCUCGCAUGCCAUGGUGAGUUGCCCAGCCAAGGGACAUUUCGCGUCUACAAAUAGUCCCGGCUCAGCAGCUCGAAGCCACCAUCAAGAGUUUCCAGACAUGAUGUCAUACGGGAGAUGCGAACAACUCUCCGAAAUGAUAGGGCCCAAGGCCUUUCGCUCCAAGUUUUACUUGUAGACAAAUGUCACUCACGUAUCAGAGUUCUUCUCACAUAUCCUCAAAUUAGGCUCUAACCGGCCAACCAGGUAACUCUACUAUAGAAGGUGUAUAAAAAAGAUAAAAAUACUAGUUCAUUUCAUUAACCAGCAACUCGCACAUACAAACAUACACAUCUUACCACUUCCCCUCCACAUUGCCCUUAUCCUUAACCAGAAUUUCUCUUGUAGAUACAUAUUCAACAACCUGAGUUCAGGACGGGCACCGGUCCAACUCACCCCCUCAUCUCGGGUAUAUACUUGUCAAGCGACACGACCCAUCCGAGCAUGGGUUUCGACAUCAUCCACCCAUCGCCAAGAAGUCAAUGUUAGUUCACUCCUUCGUCACUAGGUUUCCCUCCUCUUUAGGUACUUUAGCCGUUCCUAAUGCCAUCUUGCACCUGGCUUCAUUGGCGUGGCUGAGCUCGGAUCGGCGCUUGAGAUGGAGUCGCUUAGUAGGGAGGGUUGGGGCCACCCAUGCCAGGAGGAGGGUAGUCAUCGGGGCGGCCUGGUCGCAUAUCACCAGCGUUGGAUCGACGGUCGUCACCGAAGUGCUUCUUGCGGAGAGCUGCGAGACGCUUCUUCUUGGUGAUGGUGUUGAUGUAGGUGCCGAUGAUGAAGGACACAAUGUUGAAGAAGGGGACCCAGAGCUGGUCAGGGAGGAACUUUUGAGCAAAAGCCAGGCAGAUAGGCGAGGUGAUCCACGAGACCCGCAUCACCUUCCAGAAGCCGACCUUGACGGUAGCACGAACCUGAUGAAUCUUGGCGCGCAGGCUGGUGCGGCCCUUGAAAGCCUUCUGGAGCGCCCAGAUGAGGAAAUGACCUAGAGGAGCACUGAUGAGAGCACCAUAUGCGGCCAUCUUGGGAACACGAGCGGUGAAGUAGUUGCCGUGCUUGUUGCGGUCCUUGGCGAGCCAUGAAGCGACGAGCUCCUGUGUACCAGCAAGAGUACCAGCGGUGAGCAUCUUGGUGCGCAGAGGAUUGUCUUCAAGCUCUUUGAUGUAAGCCUAUCAGAUCGUCAGUCAUGAUCAAUGUUGUUUUCCUCUCGGAUCUUGCAGAGCCAUAGCAUCAUAGCUUGGGGGAGUAGCUCAUGCGCAUUCUAGCUUCCAGCAUCCUGAGCAGGUAGGGUCGGGUCUCCAACGUACCGCCAGAUAACCCUUAGUACCAGCAUUCUUCAUACCACCGGUCAAAGCUGUACCGAUCACAGCAGAGACGGGGUGGUGGCCCUUUGUGCCGGGAAUCUUGCCAGCCUCGGCCUGGUCAAGCAUGUCGCCCAUCUUUUCAGUGGCAUCGUGGACCUUUUCCGACACCUUGGUGACGGUUUCACUCUUGAAGUCAACCAUGCUUGCUAUUAUUCGGCUAUAUGGCGGUGAUGGUGAAGAGUAUGAUUAAGUGAGAAGCGCGUUCUAGUUGGAGGUCGAGAUAAGAAUAUUAUUUUGAUCCGACUCAGGGUAAAUUGCUCCAGAUUGAAUGAUGCCCUUGAUCUGUUGGAUCUUGGUUUGUGCUCACGGCGCGCUAUGUCCUUUUCGUCGUCGUCGUGAUCGUCGUCGUCGGAUGUUAUCGUCAAAGUCAACACGGCCGCGACGGCGUCAUCAACGGGUCGAGUCAAGGGUCAGACGCGCAAGAGAGACUUUGAUCCAGGUGUCAGUGAGGAUGUCCAAUAUAAACAGGUGGGGUCUAACGAUCGCGGAUCGUUAUUGACAUGGGGAUGAGGGAGGGAAUGUGCGCGCUCGCUCAACAACAGCAGCUGG